AUGACCACCGAGAGCGGCCAGCAGCAGCUGGAGCCCCCGGCCCCUCUCCGCUCCUGCAGCCCGGCUCCCGGAGCUCUCCAGUCCGCCUUGAUGAGCCAGCCGCCCCCCUCCGCCCUGGAGACCUCCUCCUCCUCCUCCUCCUCCAGCAAGAACAAGAAGGCGAGCUCGGGGCUGCGGCGGCCCGAGAAGCCCCCGUACUCCUACAUCGCCCUCAUCGUGAUGGCCAUCCAGAGCUCGCCCACCAAGCGGCUCACCCUGAGCGAGAUCUACCAGUUCCUGCAGAGCCGCUUCCCCUUCUUCCGCGGCUCCUACCAGGGCUGGAAGAACUCGGUGCGCCACAACCUCUCGCUCAACGAGUGCUUCAUCAAGCUGCCCAAGGGGCUGGGCAGACCCGGCAAAGGCCACUACUGGACCAUCGACCCGGCCAGCGAGUUCAUGUUCGAGGAAGGCUCCUUCCGCCGCCGGCCCCGGGGCUUCCGAAGAAAGUGCCAGGCGCUCAAGCCCAUGUACCGCAUGAUGAACAGCAUCGGCUUCAGCGCCUCCAUCCUGCCCCAGGGCUUUGACUUCCAGGCGCCCUCUGCCUCCCUAGCGUGCCACGCCAACGGCUACAACCUGGACAUGAUGACUAACUCCAUGGCCGGGGGCUACGAGGCGCUGAGCGGGGGGCAUCACGCCCCUCACAUGUCCCCCAACCCGGGCUCUACCUACAUGGCCAGCUGCCCUGUGACUUCCAAUGGGGACUACGGCCCCGACAGCAGCAGCAGCCCCGUGCCGUCUUCACCCGCCCUGGCUAGCGCAAUUGAAUGCCAUUCCCCCUACACGAGCCCGCCCGCUCACUGGACAGCAUCGGGGGCAUCUCCGUAUAUAAAGCAGCAGGCCCUGCCACCCAGUAACCCAGCCUCAGCGGGCAUCCACUCCAGCAUGUCCAGCUACUCUUUGGAGCAAAGCUAUCUGCACCAAAACGCCAGGGAGGACCUGCCAGUGGGAUUGCCUCGCUACCAGCAUCACUCUUCCCCAGUGUGUGACAGGAAAGAUUUUGUUCUCAAUUUUAAUGGCAUUUCUUCUUUUCACCCUUCUGCUAGUGGAUCUUACUAUCAUCACCAUCAUCAUCAAAGCGUCUGUCAAGAUAUCAAACCCUGUGUGAUGUGAACUUAGCACUAUCAAAUAAAGACAGUAAGGUGGCUGUUUAACAGAUUUGAGGUAUAGACGGACUCACGCAGAUAAAAUGUAAUGUGCACUCCUGAUAGCAUU